UCCCUGUGACGCGGAUGACGGGCGGUCAACAAACAUGGCAGCGCUCAUGUAUAACGUGAGUCGUGGAUUUGUGAUUUUCGGGGAAUAUAGUUUAUUACUCAAAGGACAUAAGCACCAGAUCUUGGUGAAUUCGAGACGAUAUGUCCGAGCCCUCCGGCGGAGACCCGUGGCGGUCUUGUAUCCUGAUGGUGAGCGAGAGAAAUUAAUUAAAUCAAAUGAAGCAGCUUAUAAAAUGAACGAGAAGCUGUUCACACAGAAGGACAAACACAGAGAGAAAGUCUCUGAGAAAGCUGGCAACAAGAAGUGGAGUGGACAUGUCUCUGAAUGUGCAGAUGAGUCUCCAAACAUAAAGGACAAACUCGGUGGACUGCGCUUCGAAAAGGCUCCUCCUGGAGAUAACAGACUCGCGAAGGUGGCCAGUGUUGCCCGUUCCCGAGCGUUUCGGGAAAAGGAAGGUAAGGUGCUGCUGGAGGGGAGGCGUCUGAUCUGUGACGCUUUGUCUGCUGGGGCGUCUCCUCAGACACUCUUCUUCAGUGCGGUGGAACGACUGCAGGAGCUUCCGCUAGAUAAACUACAACAAGCAAAGCUUAUCAAGGUCAGAUAUGAAGACAUGAAGAUGUGGUCGGACCUGGUCACUCCUCAGGGUGUCAUAGCUGUAUUCUCAAAACCGGAUGCCUCCCGCCUGACAUUUCCAAAAGAUGCACGUUAUCAGUCGGUCCCUUUGUUCUUGUUAUGCGACAAUAUACGUGACGCUGGGAAUCUAGGGACUAUUUUACGCUGUGCGGCAGCUGCUGGCUGUGACCGUGUUCUUUUAACCAAAGGUUGUGUGGACGCCUGGGAGCCCAAGGUUUUACGGGCAGCAAUGGGAGCUCAUUUUCGCCUUCCUGUCUUUCCUAAUUUAGACUGGGAUGAGAUUUCAAAGCACUUACCAAAGGAUGUGGUUGUCCAUGUAGCAGAUAACAGCGUUAGUUUUAUAAAAGCUCCAGUUCCAGGACAAAGAGAAAAUGGUUCUUCGGAUGAAUACAGUGACAGUGACUCUGAUGAAGAGUCUGAUGAUGAACUUUCACUCCCAUGUCUGAAGUCUCAGGUGUACUAUGGGAGUUGGGCUCAGAGGAACACAGCACUGGUGAUUGGCGGAGAGACGCAUGGACUGAGUCUGGAGGCUCGUCGAUUGGCUGAGGAAACGGAGGGGAAAAGGCUCUUCGUGCCCAUGGCUCCAGGAGUGGAGAGCCUGAACUCUGCAAUGGCUGCUAGCGUACUGCUGUUUGAAGGCAGACGGCAGCUUUUGCAGUUGUUGGACAAAAGACGGCGAAGAACAAGAUCUAAAAUCAUAUAAUGAGUGUUUUUCUUGUAAUGUAUUAAAGAUGUUUCACCAGUACUGUCUUUUAAAAUUAUUAUUAUGCCUUUUCACUGUUUUUAAAGUCUGUGUGAAGGCAAUUCUGAGAAUUGUUUAUAAACACAUUUUUAAAUAUUAGAAAUGUAUUGCUUAAAACACAUUACAAAGACUGUGAACUAUGCAGUACUGAAUUGUGGAGUUAAACCGUUUUUCACCAUUUUUUGUUUUCAGGAUUUUUUGAGCUUGAUUUUUCAUGCAUCACUAUAAUAACUAGAGUGUAUUUGCAUCAACGGUUCACACACUCAAUCAUGGGUUACUGUCACUACCAUUAGUUACUACAGCCUACAGUUUGAUAGCUAGCUAUGCCUUUGUCAUGUAAAUGCAUAUUACCUAGUUGUAAUAAUAUAUAAAACAGCUCGGUCUCUUUAUUUAAACAUAGAGCGUGUUC